CCCGGAGACUCGUGGUCGUCGCGCACUUCAUGACGUGUCAUGGCAGCGCUCGAGCUCGAGAUGUCGAUGUGAUAAUACGCGUUUUGGCUCGCGACUCGCGACGACGACGUUUCGCGCAAUCCCACGCAGCGAGAGAGCGAGAGAGACCCCGGCCGUGCCACUCCGCGGAGGCGUGCGCGGCGUAUGAUGCGAUCGAGCGCUUUCAUGUAGAGUGUACGAGAGUACGUAUCACGGAGGAGACAGGAGACGGGAGACCCGAGCGGUACGACAGAGACAGACGCUUCUAGGACGACUCCCCCGGUUGACUGCGACGGCGACGGCGAUGAGAACGACGACGGCGAUAUUCUACACGCUGUGCGCGUUCCACGGCGUCGUGGCCUUCUACCUGCCCGGCCUGGCACCCGUGAAUUAUUGCAAAGCCGGCGAGACCACGCCAACCUGCAAGUCUGAAAUUAAACUGUACGUGAAUCGUUUAAACACAGAGAAAUAUGUCAUACCUUACGAAUAUAGUCAUUUCGACUUCUGCACGGCAGAGGAUGGACAGUCCCCAGUUGAAAACUUGGGACAGGUCGUAUUUGGGGAACGCAUACGACCGUCUCCGUACAAGUUGGAAUUCUUGAAAGAUGUCAAGUGUGCCACCGUUUGCAGAAAAGUGUACACGGGAGGUGACGAAAAUUCGGAGAAGAAGUUACAGUUAUUGAGAAAAGGAAUAGCAGUCAAUUAUCAACAUCAUUGGAUAGUUGAUAAUAUGCCGGUAACGUGGUGUUAUCAGCUAGAGGAUGAGCGACAAUAUUGUAGCACUGGCUUCCCUAUGGGUUGUUACUCAAAAGAAUCCAGAUCUCAGCAAGAUACUUGUACUAUACAUGGUCCGUACAACAAACCGAAAACUUACUAUCUGUUUAAUCACGUGAAUCUUACUAUAACUUAUCACAGUGGUGCUUCGGAGGAAUGGGGAUCGUCCUUUAAGGAUAACGGUGGUCGUAUCAUAUCUGUGAAAGUAGUGCCUCACAGUAUUAAGCAUACUAGUGCAGUUGAUUGUGAAAGUCAAAUACCAUUAGAGAUACCAUCCGGUGAGGUCCCAAGAGAUCAGACGUUCCAAGUGACAUAUACGUAUUCUAUUAAAUAUGUGAUAAAUAACACGAUUAAAUGGUCGUCGAGAUGGGAUUACAUCUUGGAAUCGAUGCCACAUUCGAAUAUUCAGUGGUUCAGUAUUCUUAAUUCGCUGAUAAUAGUUUUGUUCCUCUCUGGCAUGGUAGCUAUGAUAAUGCUUCGCACUCUGCACAAAGACAUCGCGCGAUAUAACCAGGCCUACUUCCAGAUAGAAUCAGGAGAAGACGCACAAGAGGAGUUUGGAUGGAAAUUGGUACACGGCGACGUGUUUCGCCCUCCGCGUAAAGGAAUGUUGCUUUCGGUUCUACUAGGAUCCGGUGUUCAAGUAUUCUUCAUGACGUUAGUUACACUAGCGUUCGCUUGUCUGGGUUUCCUUUCGCCUGCAAAUAGAGGCGCAUUAAUGACUUGUGCAAUGGUACUGUACGUUUGUCUCGGAACUACUGCGGGAUUCGCCGCUGCUCGAAUAUAUAAGAGUUUCGGUGGAGAAAAAUGGAAAUCCAACGUGUUACUCACAUCUAUGCUUAGCCCCGGAAUCGUAUUUAGUUUAUUCUUCAUAAUGAACCUAAUAUUUUGGGCGAAUGGAAGCUCGGCCGCAGUCCCUUUCAGCACUCUAAUCGCACUUCUAGCACUGUGGUUCGGAGUGUCCGUACCGUUAACAUUUAUCGGCGCUUACUUUGGCUUCAAGAAAAGGGCUUUGGAGCAUCCAGUACGAACGAAUCAGAUUCCUCGACAAAUACCAGAGCAGAAUUUCUACACGCAACCAAUACCUGGGGUCAUCAUGGGUGGUGUCCUGCCAUUCGGAUGCAUAUUUAUACAAUUAUUCUUCAUACUUAAUUCCCUUUGGUCAAGCCAAGUGUACUACAUGUUCGGAUUUCUCUUCUUGGUCUUUCUUAUACUUGUCAUCACGUGUUCUGAAACGACAAUUCUACUCUGUUAUUUCCAUCUUUGCGCUGAGGAUUAUCACUGGUGGUGGCGCAGCUUUCUUACAUCCGGCUUUACUGCUGUCUACUUGUUAAUUUAUUGUGUACAUUUCUUCGUGACUAAGUUAGACAUUGAAGGUGCCACCUCUACGUUCCUGUACUUCGGAUAUACAUUUAUUAUGGUUUACUUAUUCUUCCUUCUGACAGGUUCCAUUGGUUUCUUUGCCUGUUUUUGGUUCGUGCGCAAGAUUUAUAGUGUUGUGAAGGUUGAUUAAAUAAAACUGAUGAUGAGAACAAUGCUUGUAUGAUAAAUGAAUGUGGUAUGAUGAGUGAAAUUGGUCGCAACGAGAAUGAGCGAUAGUCGAUAUUAUGUAAACCCGCGUUAACAAAAAAAAAGGAAGAGAAGUCCGUAACGAUAACAAUACGCAAAUAAUAGCGCACUUCUUCGCGUCAUUAUUGUUGAAAUACAUCGUUACAAGUAUCGUCAUAAAUAAUAGUUUAUUUUAUUAACGCGUAAGGUUUACAAUUUUUGGAAAGCGAAUGUCGAUAUCGUUAUCGACUGUCUGACAUUCUUUAAGUAUUUUCUCGAAUAAGCGUCUAACAUACAUCAUAAUCAUACAUAUUAAUAAUGUAUGUUUUAGAUGUCUGCAAAAAUCUGUAUAAGCAUCUUGUUUUAUUUUUCUUUUGCUCUCAAAUGCUUGACUUACGUCGCAAAAACCUUAUGCGGUGUGCAGCCAUGAUACGUCUCAGAUUUAGUGUUUCAGAUUAAAUCUUCAAUGUGUCACAUGAAAUCGAUUCUGGUCAAAUUCAUUGUUUACUCAUUCGUUUUUAUUGCGAGAAAUUUUUAAUAAAACAAGAAGUAUUAAACGUGCGUGCGCGUGUAUAACGACAUAGAAGUACAAUUCGAUUCUGAUUGAGAAAACGCACGUGUCGUGUUUCAAAUUAUAAAUUAAAUAUGUAAGUAAUAAAAAAUGUACAAAUUGAAAACUAAAUUGACUAUUAAAUUUUA